CGGCUGGUUCAAACGUUUUGAAUUCCGCAUAAAAAUGGACAAGGAAGUCGCUGUCGUUCAACGCAAGCUGGAAGCGGAGUUGAAAAACUUCCAAGACUCGGUCAAAGAAUACUCGAAGCUGGUACAAACGCAGCAACAGCUCGAUGGACAGUAUUUCGAGAAUAAAAGCAUUCUGGAAGAGUUGCAAAUGCUGAAACCAACCAACACGGUGUACAAGCUGUACGGUCCCGUACUGGUAAAGCAGGAUCUCGAAGAAAGCAAACAAAAUGUGGGCAAACGUAUCGAGUACAUCUCGAAAGAGCUGAAGCGUUGUGCGGAGAACAUUAAUCAGCUCGAGCAAAAGCAGGACAAGUAUCGGGCCAACCUGCAGAAGCUGCAGCAGCAGUAUCAGAGCCAAAAGGCCAUGGCGAAUUAGUAAAGC